AUGCCACCAGUGACUUAUCCAGCAUUAGCUGGAUAUUAUGAAUUGCAAAAGACGAUUGGCAAUGGUGGUUUUGGAAAAGUGAAACAAGCCAUUCACCUUCUUACAGGUGAACAUGUUGCAAUUAAGAUCAUCGACAAAGCUAAAUUAGGCAGUGAUGUCGCGCGUAUUGCAUUGGAAAUCAAAGCAAUGAAAGAUCUACGCCAUCAACAUAUUUGUCAAUUGUACCAAGUCAUCGAAACUGAUGAAUAUUACUUUCUAGUCUUAGAGUAUUUCUGUAAUGGAGAAUUGUUUGAUUACAUUGUCAAUCGAAAUCGUUUAUCUGAAGAGCAAGCUCGACAUUUCUUCCGUCAAAUUGUAUCAGCGGUCGCAUACAUGCACAAGAAGGGUUAUUGCCAUCGCGAUCUGAAACCAGAAAAUCUUUUGCUUGAUCGCCGAGAAAAUUUGAAACUUAUUGAUUUUGGUUUGUGUGCUCAGCCGAAAGGUGGAAUCAACUUAGCAUAUCUGGGUACAGCUUGUGGUAGUCCAGCCUACGCUGCGCCGGAAAUUAUUGCUGGAACAAAUUAUCGAGGCGAUGUGGCGGAUGUAUGGAGUCUUGGCGUUCUCUUAUACGCGCUUCUCUGUGGUAGUCUUCCAUUUGAUGAUGAAAAUAUUGCAUCGAUGUAUGCCAAAAUUCAGAACGGUGUUUAUCAUAUUCCAUCUUGGUUAUCACAAGAAAGUGUAGCACUGUUGCGUCUGAUGCUUCAGGUAGAUCCGAACAGACGCAUUCGUAUCGACGAUCUUCUACGACAUCGAUGGUUAAUUAAUAAUGUUUAUCCCGAACCGGUUAAAUGGGAAUCCAUCUAUCAAACUAAAUUAGAAAUUUCCUGCAUACGUGAAAUGGCUCUUUAUUAUGGCCGAACGGUCAAUGACAUCGCUCAAGAGCUUUCGUCUAAAAAGUACGAUUAUUUGACCGCAACAUAUUUUAUUUUAUUUGAUCUUAAAUCUCGUCACAAACCCAUACGUCUUCUACCUAAUCGUAUUCAACCAGUGAACACACGUCUGUUGGAUGUGAAUCAACCGAAAUGUCCAGCAAGUUCAAUUCCAGCAAAUUUGCUUCGAGAAAAGAAUCAAGAAACUAACUCUCGAUCACGCACUGCACAUCGACAUCCACCACCAGCUGACCUUCUCCUCAUUUCUCAACAGGAUAAAACACAAAUACCACCACCUUAUGGACAUAAAUCAUCGAAUCACGAUCAACGUGGUCGAACGCAAAAAACGCCAAACAAAGAAAAUUUAGAGAAUUCGAAUACCAAACGUCAUGAACGAACAACGCCAACUGUCAAAACACCGAAUUGCCAACGAAUUUUGAUGUUUGCUGAAUCACCUGGUGGUUCCAGAAGAACGCCUGACAAGAAAGGCGAUCAUCGAAUAACUGCUUCUAAAUCUUUCGAUGAUGGUCUCGAUGAUGAUAAUCUUGACGAUUCGAAGAUCGCUUCUGCACUAAAAGCAUUCUCAGUUGGCGCAGUCGACAGCGACGAUUUAGACGUUUACUUGACACCACAACGUCAGAAGAAAAACGUUCGUUCAUUAUUUGGUAGUGUGGAACGUGGUUUAAAUACAGUCAAACAAAUUCUUACACCAAAACGUACGAGUGGAAAUAAACCAAGAAAAACAUGGGAAACAGCGAAUGUUACACCGAUCAAUGUUGAUGAUCCUGAUCAAGUAUGUGAUUUACUUGAACAAGCAAUUAAGAAUAAUUCUCAACUUAAAUACAAAGAAAAAGGAACACGGUUCAUAUACGAUGUUUUCAUUGAAGAUGACUGGGGUAAAAUUGUCUUGGAAUUUGAUUUAGAAAUCGUUGCCGUUCAAGGCAAAGAACUGGGUAUUCAACGCAAACGCACCAAAGGUAGUGCAUGGCAUUAUAAACGAUGUUGUGAAGAUAUCAUUGGUCAACUGACUCGACUUUUACCUCAUUUACAAACAUCUGUUUAA